ACCCACAUGGGCAUGCAUGCCUACCUGAGACCUCACAAGUGUCCAAGCUGCAGCUUCGCCUCCAAGAACAAGAAGGACCUGAGGAGGCACAUGAUGACGCAUACCAACGAGAAGCCCUUCACCUGCCAGAUCUGUGGACAGAGGUAUGACCCAAACUUGUUUUAUUAGGGAUUGUAGAUAGAUACAGUGCACUGGAGCAAUUCUCUAUCAAAGUAAAUUCUUUAACCCAAAGUCCUCCCUACACAAAGGCAUUGAUUGGUGUAAACAUGGGCUAAAGCAGUGAUGACACUGAUGUCCCUUCGAGGAACUAUGAGGUGUGCCCUGAAACUUUCCCUAAUCUGAACACUCACUUAUAAAUGGCGGCAUUUUUAUUUGGGAGCACCAGUGCCCAUAGAAGGAAAACCAACCCUGGAAUAGCCAGGCACACGUGAGGCUGUUGUUACAUUAGUAUCAUUUGAGGGGCGCGCAUCACCAGCAAAGUCAUUUGCAUCAUUUUACUUUUCCUGUGAGAACCAUUAGCAAAGGCAAGUCUGGUUUAGGCUGAGCUGAACCACAGCCUCUGCCAUAGAAACAAACAGAGCACGGCUUUAUGUCCAUCAUGGUUGGACCUUUACGAAGCAGAAAACCGCUCGUCUCAAGCCCAAAUCGUUCAAAAGUAAUGACCCAUAUUAAGUUUAUUAUAUUGCAUUUUCGCGGGACGCUCUUAAAGGGGUACACACAAAUUGAUCAUCUUGAGUAAGAAACUAUGACAAUAGUUCAAAUAAACCCUACUUAAUCUUUUUUUUUUUUAAACUAUGUUUUUACAGAAAAUUGAUGAUUUGCAGUAUGUGUCAGAUGAGGACAUUUUAGGUGUACCGCAGAAUAUUUUAUCAAGGUGUGCCACGGUUCCAAAAGGUCUUGGAACCACUGGGCUAGAGAAAGGUUCCACCAUAUUUCUUACACCAGUCCUUUCCUUUUAAAUUCACGAGGGAAGUGAACAAGUGCACACUUGGAGCAGAAAGGGUAGAGAAUGGUGACUCCGUGGCUGAUUUUGUGAAUAUCCAUGUUACCCCAUCAGGUUUAACCGUAACGGCCACCUCAAGUUCCAUAUGGAGCGACUCCACAGCCAGGACCCUCCGACGAAGAAGACCCGCUCUGGAGGAGGCUCCCAGCAGACCGUCAUAGUUAACAGUGAUGAGGAGGCUCUCGCCACGCUACAGUGUAAGGAACCAUACAACGGGGCGGCAGGUAGCUUAGUGGUUGAGAGCGUUGUGCCAGUAACCGAAAGGUCGCUGGUUCUAAUCCCCGAGCCGACCAGGUGAAAAAUCUGUCGACGUGCCCUCGAGCAAGGCACUUAACCCUAAUUGCUCCUGUAAGUCGCUCUGGAUAAGAGCGUCUGCAAAAUGACUAAAAAUGUAAAAUGUACUACAAGAGCCUCCACACUAGCACGCAUACACUGAUCAUUUCACUGGUUGAAUAAGUCCAUCUCCAUCCAUACCAUCUGACACAGUUUAUAUACUGUACACACACCUCUAGGGCAAUACACAAGCUCCCCCCAAAGGUGGUUUGAAAUGCUAACAUGAAUGUUGUUGUAUGGUAGGCAUUAGCCCAUUGUCUGACCUGUCUCUGUCCUUGUGUGUCUCCAGCAGCUCUGCAGGCAGGACAGACCAUCACUCCAGAGCAGCUACAACAGGCCUUGGGUCAGGACCACAUCGUAGUGUCCCAGGAACAAGGCCUGGGUCAGGACCACAUCGUAGUUUCCCAGGAACAAGGCUUGGGUCAGGACCACAUCAUAGUGUCCCAGGAACAAGGCUUGGGUCAGGACCACAUCGUAGUGUCCCAGGAACAAGGCCUGGAAGACCAAGUGGAGGCCACUUACAUCCAGCAGAUCACCACAGUGGACGGACAGACGUUACAGUACAUGACAGGAGACAACCAGGUGACUGAAGAUCAGGGGUGUCAAACUCAUUUUGCCUCGGGGGGGGCGCAUUCGGUCUUCAACGAGGUCCAGGAGGCCGCACUGAAAAUCGGUUAUAUUUCCUCGCGGGCAAAAUUUGCUAAAAAGUCAUCUAUCCAGUCCUUUGGUAUUUUCAAUGUUCCCUGACUGUCUAGCUUUCAUUUCGGUGAUUAUUAUCGAGCUGGACACAGUCAAUAAACUGUAUGAAUGUGUAGAUCCAUUAUAAUUUUUAAACAGUUUCAAUUUGGUUUUAGUCAUUUUUAAAGUUUAUUGAGUUCAAAAUCCCCAAAUGUUUUUCUUUAUUAAUUUUUUUUACUCAAACCCAACCGCGGGCCAGAUUGGACCCCCCUGGCGGGCUGUAGAUGGAGCUAUAGCGAGAUACCAGAGGUGGAGAUAUAGGAGGACGGGCACAUGGUUUCCCAUGGUGUUCCAUGGUUUCCAUGGUGUUCCAUACCUUUCCAUUCCAGCCAUUACGACGAGGCCGUCCUCCUCUACCUCCACCCACCAGCCUCCUCUGCUAGAUACGUACAGUAGAUUCCUUUACAGAUGGAACUAGAUACGACUACUUACAGUCCAUUCGGAAAGUAUUCAGACCCCCUUGACUUUUUCCACAUUUUGUUACGUUACAGCCUUAUUCUAAAAUGGAUUAAAACCAUUUUUUAAAAAUCCUCAUCAAUCUGCACACAAUACCCCAAAAUGACAAAGCAAAAACAGGUUUUUAGAAAUUUUUGCAAAUGUAUUAAAAAUAAAAAACAUACCUUUAUUUACGUAAGUAUUCAGACCCUUUGCUAUGAGACUCGAAAUUGAGCUCAGGUGCAUCCUGUUUAUUAUGUGGUAUUGUGUGUAGAUUGAUGAGGAUUAUUUUAUGUUUUAAUCCAUUUUAGAAUACGGCUGUAACUUAACAAAAUGUGGAAAAAGUAAAAGGGACUGAAUACUUUACGAAUGCACUUUAACAGUAUGAUAGACGGGACAGACAGUGACAAUGUAAUUCUCCUGCUUCACCCUCCCAGGUCUAAUUGUCCUGCUUCACCCUCCCAGGUCUAAUUGUCCUGCUUCACCCUCCCAGGUCUAAUUGUCCUGCUUCACCCUCCCAGGUCUAAUUGUCCUGCUUCACCCUCCCAGGUCUAAUUGUCCUGCUUCACCCUCCCAGGUCUAAUUGUCCUGCUUCACCCUCCCAGGUCUAAUUGUCCUGCUUCACCCUCCCAGGUCUAAUUGUCCUGCUUCACCCUCCCAGGUCUAAUUGUCCUCCCUCACCCUCCCAGGUCCAGUAUAUCAUCUCUCAGGAUGGAGUCCAACACUUCAUUCCUCAGGAGUACGUGGUGCUAGCAGACGGGAACCACAUCCAGAUGUCAGAUGGACAGAUUAUCCAGUAUGAGCAUGAUGGGGCCUUCCUGCAGGAGCAACAGGUGAGAGAGAGAGGACCCCAAAAACACUCCAUCACCCAAAAAAAUUCAAUCCCAAAAUUACUAAAUCCAGAAUAAAACUGUAUUUUAGUAUAAUUAUCUAUGGAAAGGUGCUAUACAGUGCAUUCGGAAAGUAUUCAGACCCCUUGACUUUUUCCCAUGUUACGUUACAGCCUUAUUUUAAAAUGAAUUAAAAUAAAAUCCUCAUCAAUCUACAAACAAUACCCCAUAAUGACAAAGUGAAAACAGGUUUUUAGACAUUUUUGCAAAUGUGUUAAAAAACCUACCUACCUUAUUUACAUAAGUAUUCAGACCUUUUGCUAUGAGACUCGAAAUUGAGUUCAAAUGCAUCCUGUUUCCAUUGAUCAUCCUUGAGAUGUUUCUAGAACUUGAUUUGAGUCCACCUGUGGUAAUUUCAGUUGAUUGGACAUGAUUUGGAAAGGCACACACCUGUCUAUAUAAAGUCCCACAGUUGACAGUGCAUGUCAGAGCAAAAACCAAGCCAUGCGGUCAAAGGAAUUGUCGGUUGAGCUCCGAGACAGGAUUUGGCCUGAAUGCCAACCGUCACAUCUGGAGGAAACCUGGCACCAUCCCUAAGGUGAAGCAUGGUGGUGGCAGAAUCAUGCUGUGGGGAUGUUUUUCAGCGGCAGGCACUGGGAGACUAGUCAGGAUCGAGGGAAACAUUUGCGGAACAAAGUACAGAGAGAUUCUUACAUUUACAUUACAUUUUAGUCAUUUAGCAGACGCUCUUAUCCAGAGCGACUUAAAGUUAGUGAGUGCAUACAUUUUCAUACUGGCCCCCCGUGGGAAUCGAACCCACAACCCUGGCGUUGCAAACUCCAUGAUGAAAAGCUGCUCCAGAGCGCUCAGGACCUCAGACUGGGGCGAAGGUACACCUUCCAACAGGACAACGACCCUAAGCACACAGCCAAGACAACGCAGGAGUGGCGUCGGGACUGGCUCAGCCAGAGCCCAGACUUGAACCCGAUCGAACAUCUCUGGAGAGACCUGAAAAUAGCUGUGCAGCAACGCUCCCCAUCCAACCUGACAGAGCUUGAGAGGAUCUGCAGAGAAGAAUGGGAGACACUCCCCAAAUACAGGUGUGCCAAGCUUGUAGCGUCAUACCCAAGAAGACUCGAGGCUGUAAUCGCUGCCAAAGGUGCUUCAACAAAGUACUGAGUAAAGGGUCUGAAUAGUUAUGUAAAUGUAAUUUUUAUUUUUAUUUUUUACAUUUCUAAAAACUGUUUUUGCUUUGUCAUUUAUGUGGUAUUGUGUGUAGAUUGUUGAGUGAAAAAAAUGAUUUAAUCAAUUUCAGAAUAACGUAACAAAAUGUGGAAAAGUCAAGGGGUCUGAAUACUUGUAUACUGUACAGUGAGGGAAAAAAGUAUUUGAUCCCCUGCUGAUUUUGUACGUUUGCCCACUGACAAAGAAAUGAUCAGUCUAUAAUUUUAAUGGUAGGUUUAUUUGAACAGUGAGAGACAGAAUAACAACAAAAAAUCCUUUUUUUUAUUUAAUUGAUUUGCAUUUUAAUGAGGGAAAUAAGUAUUUGACCCCCUCUCAAUCAGAAAGAUUUCUGGCUCCCAGGUGUCUUUUAUACAGGUAACGAGCUGAGAUUAGGAGCACACUCUUAAAGGGAGUGCUCCUAAUCUCAGCGUGUUACCUGUAUAAAAGACACCUGUCCACAGAAGCAAUCAAUCAAUCAGAUUCCAAACUCUCCACCAUGGCCAAGACCAAAGAGCUCUCCAAGGAUGUCAGGGACAAGAUUGUAGACCUACACAAGGCUGGAAUGGGCUACAAGACCAUCGCCAAGCAGCUUGGUGAGAAGGUGACAACAGUUGGUGCGAUUAUUCGCAAAUGGAAGAAACACAAAAUAACUGUCAAUAUCCCUGGGGCCUGGGGCUCCAUGCAAGAUCUCGCCUCGUGGAGUUGCAAUGAUCAUGAGAACGGUGAGGAAUCAGCCCAGAACUACACGGGAGGAUCUUGUCAAUGAUCUCAAGGCAGCUGGGACCAUAGUCACCAAGAAAACAAUUGGUAACCCACUACGCCGUGAAGGACUGAAAUCCUGCAGCACCCGCAAGGUCCCCCUGCUCAAGAAAGCACAUAUACAGGCCCGUCUGAAGUUUGCCAAUGAACAUCUGAAUGAUUCAGAGGAGAACUGGGUGAAAGUGUUGUAGUCAGAUGAGACCAAAACCGAGCUCUUUGGCAUCAACUCAACUUGCCGUGUUUGGAGGAGGAGGAAUGCUGCCUAUGACCCCAAGAACACCAUCCCCACCGUCAAACAUGGAGGUGGAAACAUUAUGCUUUGGGGGUGUUUUUCUGCUAAGGGGACAGGACAACUUCACCGCAUCAAAGGGACGAUGGACGGGGCCAUAUACCGUCAAAUCUUGGGUGAGAACCUCCUUCCCUCAGCCAGGGCAUUGAAAAUGGGUCGUGGAUGGGUAUUCCAGCAUGACAAUGACCCAAAACACACGGCCAAGGCAACAAAGGAGUGGCUCAAGAAGAAGCACAUUAAGUUUCUGGAGUGGCCUAGCCAGUCUCCAGACCUUAAUCACAUAGAAAAUCUGUGGAGGGAGCUGAAGGUUCGAGUUGCCAAAUGUCAGCCUCGAAACCUUAAUGACUUGGAGAAGAUCUGCAAAGAGGAGUGGAACAAAAGCCCUCCUGAGAUGUGUGCAAACCUGGUGGCCAACUACAAGAAAAGUCUGACCUCUGUGAUUGCCAACAAGGGUUUUGCCACCAAGUACUAAGUCAUGUUUUGCAGAGGGGUCAAAUUCUUAUUUCCCUCAUUAAAAUGCAAAUCAAUUUAUAACAUUUUUGACAUGCGUUUUUCUGGAUUUUGUUGUUGUUAUUCUGUCUCUCACUGUUCAAAUAAAUCUACCAUUAAAAUUAUAGACUGAUCAUGUCUUUGUCAGUGGGCAAACGUACAAAAUCAGCAGGGGAUCAAAUACUUUAUUCCCUCACUGAAUGUGCAUUGCUUACUCUAUUGUUUGAAAAACGUAUGUUCGAUUGUUAACUGUUUUAAAACUGUCUCUUUGCAGAUUGCCCUGAGUCAUGACGGGCAGAUCCAGUAUCUUCCCAUCAGUUCAGAACAACAGAUAGUCAGUCCUGAGGACCUGGAGGUUGCUGAACAUUCUGCUGUCACC